AUGGCUGGAGGAAAUCAAUCAGUGGUAUCAGAGUUUGUAUUGCUGGGGCUCUCCAAUUCUCAGGAACUUCAGUUUUUCUUCUUUGUGAUCUUCACCAUAGUCUAUGUGGCAUCUGUACUGGGAAACAUUAUAAUCAUCCUGACCAUUGUCUCUGAUUCCCAUUUGAACUCUCCCAUGUACUUCCUGCUCAGCAACCUCUCCUUCAUUGACAUCUGUCAGUCCAAUUUUGCCACACCCAAAAUGAUUGCUGAUUUUCUUGUGGAAAAAAAGACCAUCUCCUUUGAGGGAUGCAUGGCCCAGAUAUUCCUCCUUCAUAGUUUUGUGGGAAGUGAGAUGAUGCUGUUGGUAGCAAUGGCCUAUGAUAGAUUUAUAGCUAUAUGUAAACCUCUACACUACAGCUCUAUUAUGAAUCGGAGACUUUGCAUAAUUUUUGUGGCUAUAUCUUGGGCUGUGGGGAUUCUUCACUCUGUGAGCCACUUGGCCUUUACAGUAGAUCUGCCAUUUUGUGGGCCAAAUGAAGUAGAUAGUUUUUUUUGUGACCUCCCCCUGGUGAUUGAGUUGGCCUGCAUGAAUACUUAUGAAAUGGAGAUUAUGACAUUAACCAACAGUGGCCUGAUCUCUUUGAGCUGUUUCCUAGCCUUAAUUAUUUCUUAUACUGUCAUAUUAGUCAUUGUCCGGCGCCGUUCCUCAAGUGGAUCAUCUAAGGCUCUCUCAACCUUAACAGCUCACAUCACAGUUGUAAUACUUUUCUUUGGGCCAUGCAUCUACUUUUAUAUAUGGCCCUUUAGCAGACUCUCUAUAGAUAAAUUUCUUUCUGUCUUUUAUACCGUUUGUACCCCUCUCUUGAACCCCAUCAUAUACUCUCUUAGGAAUGAAGAUGUCAAAUCUGCCAUGAGGAAAUUAAGGAACCGUUAUAUCAUCUCCUGGAAAUAA